CUGAACGCGCGCGUGCGCAUUGUUCUCUGCUGGUCCCUCUCCACCGCGCCUGCGCAGUGUGUGGGUCGUGAUGUGAGAGUUGUGAAUGGGGAGGGGGUGUUGGGUGUGAGGCAGUCGAAGUUGGGAGUUAAUAGAAGAGCCAGGAAAUAAGUUCGAGUUUUCUUUUUUUCGCCGACGAGAGGCUGUUAAGAAAAGCGGAGCCGCUGGUUGUGUAGACGGGAGCACACGCUGAAAUCCGGGGAAGACGAGUGAAGGAAGGAAACAGACUCACGUGGAGACCGAAAAGUGACGUAUUACUAAACGGCUUGCAAGGAAAGGGUUGUGAGCCUUAGCGAAUAAUAAUAUACACACGGAUAGCAGGGCUGCAGAGAUACACUGCCGUGCAGAUCACUCUCUCAGUCACACACACACACACACUAGCAAAUACCUGCACACAACCGGAGGGGAGAGCGAGGGAAAGCCAGAUCGGAUCCUCGGCUAGGAGUGCGGUUGCUUUUUCUUUUAAACACGACAGAAGAAAGGUUACGGAAGAUGCCACGGGUCGUCCCCGAUCAAAGAAGCAAAUUUGAGAACGAGGAGUUCUUCAGAAAAUUGAGCAGAGAGUGCGAGAUCAAAUAUACGGGAUUCAGAGAUCGCCCACACGAAGAGAGGCAAGCUAGGUUUCAGAAUGCAUGUCGGGAGGGCCGUUCAGAGAUAGCUUUUGUGGCGACAGGAACCAAUCUGUCUUUGCAGUUUUUUCCUGCAAACUUGCACGGGGAACAGAGGCAAACGCCAACCAGAGAAUACGUGGAUUUCGACCGGGAGACCAGCAAGGUUCAUCUCAAGGCCCCCAUGAUCCUGAACGGGGUGUGUGUGUUCUGGAAGGGCUGGAUCGACCUGCAGAGACUGGAUGGUAUGGGCGUCCUAGAGUUUGAUGAAGAAAGAGCACAGCAAGAGGAUACUGUAGUGCAGCAGGCCUUCGAGGAGCAGAGGAGAAGGACUCGAGACUUUGAUGACAGAGACAGGUCUCAUCGGGAGGACAUGGAGGACCUGGUUGGAUCAAAAACCUGGACUGUUGAUGGCUGUCAAGGAUCAGGGCAAGGCGACAGCAGGACCCGAGCCCGGGAUCCAACAUGGGAAGCGGAGACGACCUCAAACUUCGCUGAUCGCUGCUGAGCGGUGGGGCUGUGGGGCUGUGUGCGUAGAUGUUUACAGGGGACCAAAGUUGAGAGAGGGCUGGAGGGGUUCGGCUAGCCCUUCUCCUGGCCUGUGGCGGGGGUGUUUCUCUCCUCCUGCCAGGGUUUUGCACUAUGUUUAUGUUACAGCACCCACAUUGCCGAUCGUAUGCAUGUAGCUAGUAGCACCUCUGCGUGUGAAUUUUGUUUCCUAUGCAAGCUUAUUUAAUUUUAUAUAUAUAUAUAUAUAUAUAUAUUUUUUUUUUUUAAUUGGCACUAUUUUUAAUUAAGAAAAAAGUUUCCAGGUCAGGACAUUUUACUUUUUUUUUUUUUUUUUUUAUAUAUACAGGUCAAACGCCGUCCUGAAUUAAUGACAUGAUUUGUUUGUUUCUCUAAAUCUUGGGGAGCAGUGGCUUUCCUAUACAUUGCUUUGCAGGCUUUCUGUUCAGGUUGUUUCUCAGUCUUGGUUUUCCAACGCUUCACAUAUUUAAAAACACGUACAAAAUAACUGUUUUUAAAAGUGAACCCAGCAGCAUAAAGCCAUAAAAAGUCACUGUGUCUGACAGGGCGUGCUCAACGCUUCAGAACCUCACUGUGUCUGACAGAGCGUCCUCAACACUUCAGAACCUCACUGUGUCUGACAGAGCGUCCUCAACGCUUCAGAACCUCACUGUGUCUGACAGGGCGUGCUCAACGCUUCAGAACCUCACUGUGUCUGACAGGUCGUGCUCAACGCUUCAGAACCUCACUGUGUCUGACAGAGCGUCCUCAACACUUCAGAACCUCACUGUGUCUGACAGAGCGUCCUCAACACUUCAGAACCUCACUGUGUCUGACAGGGCAUGCUCAACGCUUCAGAACCUCACUGUGUCUGACAGAGCGUCCUCAACACUUCAGAACCUCACUGUGUCUGACAGAGCGUCCUCAACACUUCAGAACCUCACUGUGUCUGACAGGGCGUCCUCAACACUUCAGAACCUCACUGUGUCUGACAGAGCGUCCUCAACGCUUCAGAACCUCACUGUGUCUGACAGAGCGUCCUCAACGCUUCAGAACCUCACUGUGUCUGACAGGGCAUGCUCAACGCUUCAGAACCUCACUGUGUCUGACAGAGCGUCCUCAACACUUCAGAACCUCACUGUGUCUGACAGGGCGUGCUCAACACUUCAGAACCUCACUGUGUCUGACAGGGCAUGCUCAACGCUUCAGAACCUCACUGUGUCUGACAGGGCGUGCUCAACGCUUCAGAACCUCACUGUGUCUGACAGGGUGUGCGCAACACUUCAUACAAUAUUUUAAUACGAAGCUUCAGGGAGCAUUAGGUAAUCAUUGACGUUUAAAAGGGGGUUUUAUUAAGCCUUCUACUGUUUACUGCAUCAAAAUAAUGUAGCUUUUUAAUGAAAUUGAAAAAGACUUUGUCAAUUUUUCUCAUUGAAUUUAUAAAGUUGCUUUUAGUAUUUCUAAAUUCAUAUAGUUAUGGGUGUUUUUCAUUCUAUUAGAAACAGCGAUAAGAGUCCAUUGAUUUAGUGGGAGUUCUUUUCAUGUACACUCUCUAUACCUCUCUCGGGUUAUGUAGAAAUCAGCUUUCAUCCCAAUCCUGCUCCAAGUUCAUUGAUCAGAUAAACCUGCUUCCCACUCCCACAGUCCCAGAGACGGUCUGCACACUUUGGUACGUUCACCCCAGGGGUAAUUCUGUUUCUGUAGCUACAUUACAUACAAGUUCAUGAAUUGCCUUGGGUUGUGAAAUAAAUCAAACCAUCUAUAAUCUGCUUCUGCACUUUCAACUCCACCCUUAACAACAUGUAAUCGUAAUAAUGCAGCUGUAAUAAGAAAUUCUGUAGAGAUUAAAUACUGUAAUUGUGGCACAUUUGAGGUUCGUCAUUGGCUUGCCAACGGUUAUAAAUCUGGUUUAUGUAUGGCAGUGACAUGUGAUGCCAAAAAGUAAUGAGACGGUUCAAAUGGUUGCCCAGAUCGUAUUGAAUAUCCCCUUCUUGUUUUCAUGAUAUUGACCUCUUGAGCACGCUCUGGUGUACUGAUAGCAUAUCUUAAUGCUGGCGUUAAGACCAGCUUUACUGUCUACUGGUUAGCACAAGACAACAUUCUUCUUUUAAAUUGUUUUAAGUUAUUGAUGCAAUUGGAGGCAUGUUGAGGUUGUAUUUCCGCAUUAAACAAGAAGUUGCAUCUGUUUGUAUUAAUUUUUUUUUUCUUUAUCUCAUUCUGCAGUUGCAAAAUAUUGCUUUUGCUACUUUUUUUUGUUACAUCUAAAGUGUUUUUAAGUUUUUGUUUCACUUGUCUUAAUAAACUUUUAUCAAACCAA